UGAGGGAGAAAUUCUAAGAAAUAGAGCUCAAUGGAAUAAUUUGACAUCUUGACAGAACAAGAGGGCAUUAACUACUAAAACCCACCAAAAACUUAACGUUAACACUUCCCUCUCAUUCUCUUUCUUCCCAUUUUCGUUGGCUUUUCUUUUGGCAAAGAAUCACCUCCUCCUCGUCAACCCCACAACAGAACGCCCUUGUUGUGUCACAACAGCUGCCCCAUUUGGCUUCUCUUUAUCUGUCUCUCAGACCCACCUUCAAAGAUCCAAUUUUUACAUGUGGGUGAACGGUGAAACGUCGAAGGCAGGCUCAAAGAUCUGAGAGGACCACCACCACCACGACGCAGAUCUCUGCCAAUUCCUGUAGCUUUUCUGCAUCUGGGUCUUGUUUGAUUCGUGAUGACUUGGAAAUACAGGGCCGGGUUGUUCCUCAUAGGUGCUGUUGUUGUUAUAUGGGUCACCUCUGCAGAAGUCACCCAGGACAUAUUUACAGACUAUAAGCAGCCAUUUGCUGUAACAUAUCUUGGAGCUUCUCUUAUGGUAGUCUACCUCCCUAUAGCAUUCCUAAAGGAUUGGUUUUUAAAUUUCCUAAAACGCCGCUCUUCUAAAAGCAGUAAAAAUGCAGAAAGCAUGAAUGAGUUUUCUGCUGGUUUUAGUUCGACUCUAAAAUACAACGGAGGCCAGAAAAGCUAUGAAUUGGAACUUCCGGGGACUUUGGCCAGAAAAGAUAGUGAAGCAGACCUUUCACCUCGUGCAGAAGGAAGGCCAUUGGUUGCUAAACAUAAAGAUGAUGCACAGAUUCUGAAACAAGAGAGAGAGCUUACAACAAGAGAAGUUGCUACUUAUGGAUUUUACAUUGCCCCAAUUUGGUUUAUAACUGAGUAUCUAUCAAAUGCUGCACUGGCACGUACAAGUGUUGCAAGUACAACAGUAUUAUCCUCUACUUCAGGACUUUUUACUCUUUUCAUUGGUGCAUUCCUGGGCCAAGAUUCUUUAAACGCUGCAAAAAUAGUUGCUGUCUUUGUCAGCAUGGCUGGUGUUGCCAUGACGACUCUGGGAAAAACUUGGGCCACAGAUGAGUCACAAAUGAAUGCUUCUGCUGGGAAACGGUCUCUUUCUGGGGAUCUUUUUGGCCUUCUCUCAGCUGUGUCAUAUGGUUUAUUUACAGUGCUUCUUAAAAAGUUUGCGGGUGAAGAAGGAGGAAGGGUUGACGUUCAGAAGUUGUUUGGAUAUAUCGGAUUAUUUACACUUGUAGCAUUGUGGUGGCUUGUUUGGCCAUUGACAGCCUUGGGAAUUGAACCCAAGUUCACAAUUCCUCAUUCUGCUAAGCUGGACGAAGUUGUUAUUGCCAAUGGCUUUGUUGGAAGUGUCCUCUCUGACUACUUUUGGGCACUGUGUGUUGUAUGGACGACUCCACUGGUGGCCACCUUGGGCAUGUCACUCACCAUUCCUCUUGCUAUGAUGGCUGACAUGGUGAUCCAUGGUCGUCACUAUUCAGCAAUUUACAUUCUUGGUUCCCUUCAGGUAUUUGCAGGUUUUGUAAUAGCUAACCUUUCAGACUGGUUCACAAAGAAGUUGGGAUUGUAGCAUUUUGUUAUAUUCUUGUAGCUUAAUCUGGAAAAUUUCAUUUCUUUCUCGGGGCCAUUCCCUCUUCAACUAUUUUCUUCGGAUGCCAUAUUUCCCAAUGGAUUGCAUCGAAAGUUCGAUUCCAGUACGCAUCAUUGGCGUCUCGAAAGAUCAAAGUGAUGAAUUUAAUUGUUCUAUAGUUGAUUGUGUAAAACUGUAAAUGAAGGUUGUUCUUUAUGUCUGAUUCUGAGUGUUGAGCCCCAAGUGUAAUAAGUUCUUUUUUCUUUAUUAGGUCAUGAAAAUAUAUUUCACACAUUUUUGUCAAUGUUUCUGUGAAUGUUUUCAAUCAACAAUGUAUUUCCCUUCCGGACAAUAUUUUCACUUGAUUACCUUCAUAAAGAUUGAUAUUUGAAUGCUUCA